UUUACGUGCAUGGAAAGAUAAAAAUAACGAACGUUGCAUUUAAAAAAAACCAAGUUAAUUCAAUAAUAUUCAUAUUAAUACCAAAGAGUAUUAAUAACGUAAUCAACAAUUAUAGGUUGUUGUGAUAUGAUUUUUCAUAAUCACCCACGGCGUAUCGCUGAUCAUGUUUAAUUUGUCAUCGAACUUUCAAGGAAAAUCAAAAGACGGACAAAAAGAACAACAAUGGCGAUUAUUCCACGCCAAGGAUUUUCAAUCCCUGAUGUAUCCUUGCUUCACGUUCUGCCAUAUUCUGGGUAUAUUUCCAUAUAAGAUUGAUGCUUCAACAUUCAAGGCUUCAAAACCACACUAUAUUUUGUUGACUGUCAUUACUUGUGUUUGUGUUAUUUACACAUUGAUUACAUUGUUUGGUUAUUCCUUACGUGGAGAAAUCAGUAUGAUACAAGUACCUUGGAUUCUUGUGAAUAGCUGCAACUUUGUGUUUGGUACUUUUAUAAUAAUCGUUAUGUUCAUUUUAAGCGGUCCGCGAAUGCGCUUGCUCCAGACUAUAUCGACACUAUCUUCAAGACUAUCCUCAGAAACCUAUCAAAAGCUAUCUAUGCUGAUCCAUGCUAAGGAUAUCUUUGGUUUUCUUUAUCUAGUUGGACAUGCAUUCUUAUGCGUCUAUAUAUUGGACCUGAAUUUAGGGUUUCAAUUAUAUCUCUAUUUAGUGGUAUUUCAAAUGGAUAUGCUGUAUAUGAAUUGCAUUUGUGUAUUAAAGAUUUGUUUUAAAAGAAUCAACGAUAACUUGGUGCACAUGCAAGAACUUGUGACGAAUAAUGAUCCAUAUGACUCUAGACUAAUCCACCAGCCAAGAAAUCUAUUUCUAAUAAUGGAACUCAGGGCUAUGAAAAAGGAACAUUUAAUGAUCAGCGAGACAGUAAAAAUGCUGAAUAUGAUCUUUAGUUUGCACCUUCUUGCUACAUUAAUCAUAGUCUUCUUCGAUAUCACAGUCUAUCUAUUUUACUACGAGUACAUAUUUCAUUGGCCGCAUAAUAAAAUGAAUACACUGGAGAAAAUAUUAAAUGGUAUAUAUAUUUUCUAUUGUGUCGUGUACAAUAGUACAAGAACAAUAUUAAUAGUGUGGGCCUGUGAAACGGGCAAAGAUCAAGCUUUGCAAAUCAGCACAUCCAUUCACGAUGUGUUUAACAACUGUACUGAUAAGCAAAUAAAAAAUGAGUUACAAAUAUUUUCCUUGCAAACGCUUCAUUGCGAAAAUAUAUUUUCUACGAAAGGUCUUACUGUGAAUGCAAAGCUUCUCACUAAGAUAGUGGGUAGUAUCGCCACGUACAUAUUAAUAUUGUUUCAAUUUAUGCGCAUGUCAUAUUCUUGCGAGAGGAUGACAAACAAUAUUACGAAAAUCUAAUUGGAAGAUAUAUAGAUAAACAAGAUGUUGAUAUCCAAUUAUAAAUAAAUGUUUAACAUUUU